CAUCUAACGAUUAUAUAUACUAAGCAUAAUAGAUGUACGGAUCUGACUAAAUAUGAUAGGAAAUGACACUCGAGUAUUUAUCACUGUAUCGAUAUACUGUUUAAGUGUUAUUUUAUUUGGAUCACUGUUUUAUUGUUUUUUUUAACCCACGUUAAAUAUAUAUCAUUUCUUCAAAAUGAUUUCGAGACUUUUAACACUAUGCUUCGGAAUAGUUACUACAUUGUUUUUUCGCCAAGAUUUAUUCGAUCCAGAUGUCGCCCUAAAAGUCACACUGAAUAGUUCGUAUGACUAUAUAAUAGUGGGGGCCGGUUCGGCUGGAGCGGUAAUCGCCAACAGACUAUCAGAGGACGACAAUGUCACAGUAUUAUUACUUGAAGCGGGAGGUUCUGAACUUGACCAUGAUUACAUAAAAGUUCCGUUGGCAACACCUCUUCUUCAGAAGACAGAUAUCGACUGGUCAUAUUAUACUGUUCCUCAAAAGGCAUCAUGUAAAGCAAUGAAAGAACAGAGGAGUUACUGGCCACGUGGUCGAGUAUUAGGUGGAACUAGUAGUAUAAAUCACAUGGUUUAUAUAAGAGGAAGUUGCUAUGACUUUGACCAAUGGGAGAAAGAGGGAGCUGAUGGAUGGGGUUAUACAGAUGUUCUUCCAUACUUCCUGAAAAUAGAAGAUAUGAAAAUUGAUCAACUGUCUAAUUCUACUUACCAUUCUACUGGCGGCUAUUUACCAAUAACCCAAUCCAAGGUAACAUCUCUGGCCAAUGUUUACCAACAUGCAGCAGAGGAACUCGGUUACAAAGUUGUAGACCAAAACGGAGAGAACAUGAUUGGUUUUUCGUAUGUCCAGUCAAACAUUUUUGGAGGUGAGAGAUUCAGCACUUCUACAGCCUAUAUUAUACCGAUUAUAAAAAGACCAAACCUACAUAUCAGUACCAACUCUUUUGUUACAAAGAUACUAAUAACCAAUAAAACUGCAAGCGGCAUAGAAAUGAUAAAGAACGGACAAAAGAUGACAUUGUUUGCUCGUAAAGAAGUAAUAGUAUCAGCCGGUGCUGUAAACUCACCACAGCUUCUAAUGCUUUCUGGUAUAGGUCCUAGAGAACACUUGGAGGAACACAAGAUAGAAGUUCAAUCAGAUUUACCCGUUGGUGAGAAUAUGGAAGAUCAUCUAAUGUUUUUUAUGAAAUAUAACACGAAUAAAGAUAUGAGUGUUUCUGUAAAGUCUACACAGAGUUGGUGGAACAUGUUACAGUAUACUCUAACAAGAGGGGGGAUAUUUUCUUUUUCUGGCAUGGAAGCAAUAAUAUUUGAUAAAAGUAGAGUGAAAGACACGCAGACAUUAUAUCCCGACUACCAACUAAUGUUCUUCAGCAUUGCAUCAGAUAAAACAUUUCUAGAGAAUGGUUUGCCCCUUAAUUACAAUGAUUCUGUUGUAAAGCUAGCACAGACGAGGGCAUUCAGUAAUGAGUUUACUAUCACUCAAAUAUUAUUGCACCCAAAGAGUACUGGCAGUGUAAGAUUAAAGAGUAAAGACCCGUUUGUUCAUCCAGUAAUCGAUCCAAACUACCUGAUGCAUCGCCAUGAUAUAGAUAUUUUCAUUGAAGCAAUACGAAAAACACAGGAACUUGCAAAGUCAAAUGCGUUAAGGGAAUUAGACGCAACCUUGAAUAGAGUAGAUUUUCCAGGCAUUUGUGACGAGGAAGAGUUUGACAGCGACAACUAUUGGGAAUGUCUUAUCCGUUACUAUGCCGUGACGGUAUAUCAUCCGUCAUGUACAUGUCGUAUGGGCGACAAAGAUGAUCAAACUGCAGUUGUGGAUUCAAAACUAAGGGUGAAAGGAAUUGCAAACUUAAGAGUAGCUGACGCGUCAGUGAUGCGGCACGUGACAUCUGGAAAUACGAAUUCUCCGUCAAUUAUGAUCGGUGAAAAGGCUGCUGACCUGAUACAUGGAAAAGAUACAGUAAUGACAUUCAGGAAACAAAUAAAACAUUUGAAACCCUAGAAGACGAUUAAAACAGAUAUAAAUUGACAUCAAUUUAUACAAAACUGAUAGGUUUUGGAGUGUAUGAAAUUAACAAUACCGCUCUAAUUAGAAAAAACGUCAGCAUAUACUUAUCUAUCCCAAGUAUUUUCUUCAUUUAAUCGUAAGACAUACAUUUACCUGCAUGACUAUGAAAAGCUGUCGAAAAUAAAGUUGUGUUGUAAUCUAACCCAAUAUUGUUUAUCAUGUACACAAUAACAAUGAUUCAGAUCUCUAAAUAAAAAGGACGAUUCAAAUAAUUAAAUAACAAAGUGAAACGUCUUUCUAUGUUGUGAUGCUACACUAUUUUUUCAGGUAAGGGUGAAGGUUGGUACCUGUUUAAAGAUUUAAACCCGCUGAUUUUGUUCGCAUCUAUCCUGAGUCAGGAAACCUGAUAGUCAGUGUUUGUCGUUUGUUAAUGUGGUUCAUACGUGUUUCUCUUUUUUUUUUUAAAUUUUUAUAUAGAUUAGAUCUUUAUAUUACCCGUUUGAAUGGUUUUAUGCAGUGUAGUAAAUUGGGGCCCUUCAUAACUUGAUGUUUGCUUUCGCAGACUGUACUUUUAAUAGUAAGUACCUAAAAUGGUUUAUUUUUACAAAUUGUGACUUGGAAGUAGAAUUGUCAUCCCCCUGAGAUCGACACAUUAUUGAUUAUUGCCGAAUGUUGUUGUAUAUAUCAAAAUUCUGAUCUGCUUUCUUUCCAAGAACUAUUUCUUCAAAAAAAAUCAUAAAUUAUUCCCAUAAAUGUUAAUUAAUUAUGUUACUGUGGUUUUGACGGGACUUGAUAUAUGAUUUCGAGAGCCAAAAACAGAACCCAUUUGAUCUGAUUUCUAACAUCUCUACCAGAGACAUACGGCAUCAACUGGAACUGAAUUUGACAAAUAUGUUUCCUCUACUUAUCUUGUUAGCAUACUUUCGCCAAUCAGCUUUUCAAUGGUACCCUAGAGUUUUCAGUUUUCAUCAAAAUGCAAUAAGUUAAUGCAUGUUUAUGCCCCAUUUAUUGGCAUUGUGUUUUCUGGUCUUUUUGUUCGGCUGUUUUUCCGUCCAUCCGCCCGUCCGUACGUUCGUUCGUCCGUCUGUUUCGUUUCUAGUUAAAGCUUUUGAUUGAAGGAGUAGGUCCGGUAAGGGCCGAUUAUGGCCUCAAAUUUCAAGUUCAUCUGACGAAAUAUUUAGGGAAACUUUUUUAACACUUAAGUGUCUUUUUCAGCUGAUUCAAUAAGAUUAUGUGAAAGAGUUUAACUGCUUACUCAUUAAAAACGCUUUGAUUUUAGCUUAGAUAUGAAAAAAUAUCAAAUAUGCCCCAAAAUGUCACUUUUCUGAUGUUUUUUUGAUCCUCAACCUUUAUAUAUGUUUCGGCUUUCAAACGAGCGUCACUAGUAAGUGGACAAUAUGCACUUCUGGCGUUUUAAAAUUUUAAACUUGUUGCCUUUUGCUAGCUAUUAUUCGUGUGUUUCUCCUAUUUAUUUAUAUUGUAGUCCUAUAAUGUUGUGUUAUUAUUUUAAUGUUAUUUUUCACGUGGCCAUAAAAAAGGGAGGUGUGGCAUGCCACAAAACCAGGUUCAACCCACCAUUUUUUCCUUUAAAAAUAUCCUGUUCCAAGUCAGGAAUAUUUCCAUUGUUACAUUUUUAUAAAUUUCCUGUUUGAAUUUUUCAAAAAAUAAAAAAAAAAGGAUUUUCUCACCCCAGGCACAGAUAUAACAUUUAUUAUUCCCGAUGUAUGUAUAGCACUCUCAACUAGUAAUUUUAAUUUUUGACCAUUUUAAUUCUUAUUUGUAAAUAUAUGCAGUUGUUUCUUAACAUUUUCUUACACCCCAGCACAUAUGAAUUAUUAUAUAUUUUUUAAAACUUUAUGAUGACAAUCUUAUGAAUUAAUUAUGAUAUCUAUUAUUUAGUGAUCAUUAUAACCAAAUUCAGUCAUCUGUAUAUAAUUAUUUGUUUCCCUAUGUUUUAAGGUGUACAUAGUUGCUCAAACUAUACCCUUUGGGUAGUGAUCCACAAUUAAUGGAGGAAUAUACAAGAAACUGAACUGAAGUGAUUAACUUAGCCGUAUUUUGCAUCUAAUAUAUCUAAUAAUAUUUUGAUAUGAGCGUCACUGAUGAGUCUUAUGUAGACGAAACGCGCGUCUGGCGUACUAAAUUAUAAUCCUGGUACCUUUGAUAACUUUUUACACCACUAGGUCGAUGCCACUCCUGGUGCACGUUUAGUACCCGAGGGUAUCACCAGCCCAUUAGUCAACACUUCGGUGUUGACAUGAAUAUCAAUAACGUGGUCAUUUGUAUAAAUUUCCUGUUUACAAAAAAUUGAAUGUUUUGAAAAACUAAGGAUUUUCUCAUCCC